ACCUUUGUACUUUGAAUACCAAAUCCAGAGUGUUUGGCAUCAAUAAUCAGUCUUCAAACUGCACAAAAUCAUGCAAUUUUAAAUUACAGUCAUUAGAUAAGGUAUACGAAGUCAACAUAGAAUGCUUUGUAUUAUCUAAAAUAAGUACUAAGCUACCAUCAACUUAUGUUGACACAAGGAGCUUUCAAAUACCCACUGGCAUUCGUCUUGCCGAUCCUACUUUCAAUUGUCCGUCUUCAGUCGACAUCUUAGUUGGCGCAGAAAUAUUUUGGGAAAUUUUAGGCGCGAAUCGUAUCAGUUUAGGAAAGAACAAACCUUCUUUAUUUGAAUCUAAGUUAGGCUGGUUGAUUUCCGGCUUAUUUAUAAACUCAAAUCAUAAUAAUGACUCUUCUUCUCCCGUGUGCAUGUUUUCAGACAACACACUAUCAGAUUUGUCUCGGUUCUGGGAGCUUGAUACUAUUUCUUCAAAACACAAACUCACUCCCGAAGAGAAGCGCUGUGAGCAGAUAUUUGCGGAUACCACGUAUCGAGAAUCUGAUGGUCGUUUCGUGGUGACUCUACCCCUCAAAGAGCCACCCACCAUUCUAGGUGACUCUUACAACAUGGCCAGGCAUAGGUUUAUCUCUUUAGAACGUAGAUUACAAAAAAAUCCAAUUCUUCAGAAACUCUAUUUUGACUUCAUGCGUGAGUACAUAGAGCUAGGUCAUAUGACUGAAAUUAAUUCUUUUGAUUGGGACUCUACAGAGCCAUCUUAUUACUUGCCACAUCAUGGAGUCAUGAAGGAGUCGAGUUCCACUACGAAACUGCGUGUCGUAUUUGACGCGUCUGCAGUUACUACGUCGGGAAAGUCUUUCAACGACAUCCAAAUGAUAGGAGCCACUCUUCAAGACGAUUUACAAUCGAUUCUUCUUCGAUUCCGCCAGCAUAGAAUUGCAGUGUCAGCGGACUUUCAGCAAUUCUAUCGACAGCAUCUUGUCACUUCUCCAGAACGAUGUCUGCAGCAGAUACUAUGGAGAGAAAGCCCUAGGACACCGUUGAAAACAUACGUACUUAAUACAGUCACCUACGGUACGGCAUCUGCACCUUUUCUCGCAACUAGGUGUCUGUUACAACUCGCGCAUGAUUGCAAGAACAAGGCCAUUCAAUUUACAAUCGAACAUGAUUUUUAUGUUGAUGACUAUUUAUCAGGGUCAUCAUCUGUCGAAGAGGCUAUACAUCAAUGUCAUGAAGUUAUCGCUGUCUUGCAAUCAGCGCAGUAUAAUCUGCGUAAGUGGCAUUCUAAUUCCGUGGAAGUCAUGCAGCACUUUCAUGGAAUUAAUUGUGAUACACAAGGCUCUGUUGAUCUAAGCUACAACUUUAACGAGAUUUCUAAAACAUUAGGCCUCAACUGGAAAUUAUUUAAUGACACAUUUUCUUUUACAAUUAAUUUAAAGCACACUGACAUUAUUUCAAACCGACACAUUUUAUCUACGAUUGCACAAAUAUUUGAUCCCUUAGGUCUUGUAGCACCAUGCAUCGUGGAAUCUAAAAUUAUCAUGCAACAGUUGUGGUUAGCUAAAUGUACUUGGGACGAACCUGUUUCUGAAGACAUACAAAGGUCUUGGGAGAGUUUUCAAAAUACUCUUCCAUUGUUAAACAACAUAGAGAUUCCACGUUGGAUUUCAUGUGACUCUCCUAUAAAACUGCAAUUGCACGUGUUUACAGAUGCGUCUGAGCGAGCUUACGGUGCCUGCGUCUUCGUGCGCAGCAUACAUGCCGAUGGCUCUGUUCACGUUCAUCUACUUAGUUCCAAGAGCAAGGUAGCUCCUAUAAAACCAGCUACUAUGCCCCGACUCGAACUAUGUGCAGCCUUGAUGGGCGCUCGAUUGCAUUCUAAGACAUGACAAAAGAAGCUUUUUUAGCAGCUCUCAACCGAUUUAUUGCUCGGAGGGGGAAACCACGCCACAUCUUCUCGGACAGUGGUAGUACUUUCGUCGGGGCCUUCAAUGAGCUAGCGCAGCUUCUAGCACAGGAUCUCGACCUAAAUAGAAUCGAUCCAGGUAUAACCUUUUCGUUUAUUCCGGCAUAUACUCCACAUUUCGGUGGACUAUGGGAAUCUGCCGUCAAAUCCACCAAAUAUCAUUUAAAACGAAUCUUAAGCCUUACGUACCUCACCUUUGAAGAAAUGGCAACUUGCCUUAUUCAGAUUGAAUCUAUAUUAAAUUCUCGUCCUCUAACUCCUAUAUCCAGUGACCCGUCAGACCUCACUCCACUUACACCCGCACACUUCCUUAUUGGGCGAUCUUUACUGACGUUGCCUCAUCCACAGGUCACCAGAGCCAGUGUGUCCUCGCUUCAGCGAUUCCAGAGAAUCGAAUAUCUGAAGCAACAUUUUUGGAAUCGCUUCUCAAACGAAUAUGUUCUCUGGCUUCAGGAAAAAUCCAAAUGGCAUCGCUCUACCAGAGGAGAACUAAAGGAAGGGGCUCUCGUUGUAAUCAAGGACAAGACCUCUCCGCCUCUUAUGUGGCUGAUGGGACGAGUCAUCCGUGUGCUACCAGGGAGUGACGGCGUCGCAAGAGUUGCAGACAUACGCACACGCAAGGGUGUGCUCAGACGGGCAUUCAACACUAUUUGCCCCCUGCCUCUACAGUGACUCUACCUUGAAGACCACGGCUCUUCAACAGGGGGAGCAUGUUGGAGCCGCCUUAACUGCGGCUGAUGAACCGGUUGUGUAGCCGGACGCCAGAGGGGAGCCGCCGGAGAGGGGAGGCAACGGUCGUCGACCCACUCGGCAGUGCCACGUCCCGCAGUCGCGUCAAACCCUAUCAGCACGACACCCGCGCACGCGCAUCUACCUAUUUACAAUAUUUCCGCAUACGAUAACCAGUUACUUUGUGCUGUCAAUAAACAUUUAACUACA